CAACUAUUCAAAGCAUUUUGGGUCAUGGCAUUUUUCUAUACUCCUGAAGUCACACUUGAGCUCAUCUUCUGUGGGUUUUUCAGUAUUAAAGCUCUAUAAGAUUGAGAAAAUUUUGCCCCCUCCUUUGAGCUAUUCAUGAAGCAAAACUGCUUUCUGGGUACCGCAGCAAAACUCUGUUUAGAUUGUCUUUGAGUUCCACGCGUCAUUCUGUAUUGAGUAAAAUUCCUAAAGAAAGAGAAUAAUUAUCAAGUAUACAACUAUUUGUACAAAGCUAUGGGGGAAGAUGAUAUUUAUGCCAAAGAUGGUACUGUAGAUUACUGCAACAAUCCGGCCAAGAAGAAUGAAACUGGAACCUGGAAGGCCUGUCCUUUUAUCCUUGGAAAUGAAUGCUGUGAAAGAUUGGCAUACUACGGGAUGAGUUCCAAUCUGGUGCUUUAUUUCAAGCAUCAACUCAACCAACACAGUGCCACGGCAUCUAAUAAUGUCUCAAAUUGGUCUGGAACAUGCUAUAUCACACCAUUGAUUGGAGCUUUUCUGGCUGAUGCCUAUCUUGGAAGAUAUUGGACAAUUGCCUGCUUCUCAAUCAUAUAUGUCAUAGGGAUGACACUGUUGACGCUGUCAGCAUCAAUCCCGGGCCUAAAGCCGACCUGCUAUGAAAAGGAUAAGUGCAACCCAACACAAACUCAAAGUGCAGUUUGCUUUCUUGCACUUUACCUGAUAGCAUUGGGGACCGGAGGGAUUAAGCCUUGUGUGUCAUCCUAUGGAGCAGACCAGUUUGAUGAUGCUGAUGAGGUUGAGAAAAAGCACAAGAGUUCUUUCUUCAAUUGGUUCUAUUUUUCAAUCAAUGUUGGUGCUCUAAUUGCUGCUUCCGUGCUUGUUUGGAUACAAGAUAAUGUGGGUUGGGGAUGGGGAUUUGGUAUUCCAGCUGUGGCCAUGGCAAUUGCAGUGGUUAGUUUCUUUUCAGGUACUCGGCUGUAUCGCUACCAGAAACCUGGAGGCAGCCCUCUGACGCGCAUCUGUCAAGUAAUGGUGGCCUCCUUCAGGAAAUAUAAAGUUGAAGUGCCUACUGACAAGUCUCUUUUGUACGAGACUCCUGAUGCAGAGUCUGCAAUUCAAGGAAGCCGUAAGCUUGAUCAUACCAAAGAACUAAGUUUCUUUGACAAGGCGGCUGUAGACACACAAUCAGACCAUAUGAAGGACUCAGUAGACCCAUGGAGACUUUGCACAGUGACCCAAGUCGAAGAACUGAAAGCCAUCAUACGACUGCUUCCUAUUUGGGCCACAGGCAUCGUCUUUUCUACUGUGUAUGGUCAAAUGGGCACCCUAUUCGUGUUGCAAGGCGCCACCAUGAAUCCGCAUGUAGGAAACUCCAGCUUUAAGAUCCCUCCAGCAUCACUUGGCAUUUUUGACACCCUAAGUGUCAUAUUCUGGGUUCCAGUUUAUGAUCAACUCAUCGUCCCAGCUGCCCGAAAACUCACAGGUCACAAAAAUGGUCUCACUCAACUCCAGAGAAUGGGCAUUGGCCUUGUCAUAUCCAUCCUUGCCAUGGUUUCUGCAGCAUUUUUGGAACUUGUUAGACUUAAAUUCGUGAGGAGGCACAACUACUAUGACCUCAAGGAGAUACCCAUGUCGAUUUUUUGGCAGGUUCCUCAGUAUUUCAUCAUAGGGUGUGCAGAGGUUUUCACAUUCGUUGGACAAUUGGAGUUCUUCUACGAGCAAGCGCCUGAUGCAAUGAGAAGUUUGUGCUCUGCUCUCUCUCUCACCACAGUUGCACUCGGGCAGUACUUGAGCUCCCUACUGGUGACAAUAGUUACAAAAAUUAGCACCAGGGAUGGAAAGCUUGGGUGGAUUCCAGACAAUUUGAACUAUGGCCACGUCCAUUACUUCUUCUGGCUUUUGGCUGUGCUGAGUGUGCUCAACUUCGGAGUUUAUCUUUUGGUGGCAAAGUGGUACACAUACAAAAGGCCUGUGGGUACUCUUCGCUGACGGCUAUAGGGAAUGUCAAUAUAUAAAUGGUUUUCGUGGAUGUUUACAAUCUUGGUUUAAGGUGUAUAAACAUUGUAGUUGGCAUAUUAUUGUUGUAUGACUGUUUGCAAACAAUGUAAUUGGAGUCUGCUGAAAAAACAAUAUACUUUUGGAAACAAAAAGUUAGUUAU